AUGCGUCAAGCAGAAGUUGGACUGCACUUUCAUGAAUCUUUCGGAGCGUCAAGCACUAUGCAGCCAUUUAACAUCCGGUUCAAGUUGAAUAGAAUUCCUGUGAAACGGCAGCACCAGGCUGUGGAUACUGUGUUCACACAAGUUCAUGUUUUGUUCCCCUUGGCCGCACAUCUACUGAGCUUUAAUAUGAUGGGAAUUCAGCUGAUCAAGGUCUUCAAUUCGUUGAUUCAGAGUAACCAGUCGCAGUUGCUGGCUGUCAAGUCCAUUGUGAACCAAACUCCUGGAUCACCCCCCUUUGUUGUUUUUGGACUACCUGGUACCAGCAAAACCAUCACAAUCGUCGAAGCAAUCCUUCAACUCCUUCGCAGCAACCCCCAAGCCCGGAUCCUCGCUUGCGCACCAAGCAACUCUGCAGCCAACCUGAUAGCUGAACGCCUCUCCGCCGGCCUCAACACAGACCAACUUUUCUGA